CGAAACCAAUCCGUUAGUUUUUGAAUUUUUACCACGGCAACACGGGUCGCGAUUUGACGGUGCCGUCGCGAUUUGACAUCUGUCACUUUGUCUUGCUUCUCGAACGGGACGGUACCUGUAUAUUGACGGUCUACGCUAAAGUUGUGUAUCAUCGCUAAUCCUUAUCCAUUCCUGCCCCAUACCCUUCUCCCUAAGUGAUACGGCGUGAGAAGACGAAGGCAUCGGUUCCGGUAGGCUGCCGGUUGAGGUGCUCACUCGAUUCGAGCAGCAGGACAACGCAGGUAGGGACGAACUGCCUACCCUGGCCAGUCUGCUGGCAUUUUUAGAAGCUGAAAGUCGCCGACACGAGAUUAUGCCACCGCCCUCCUCCUCUGGGUCGCGUGUGCCGGCUUCCGGCCACGCCGUUUCGGUUGCUCAGAGGGGAGGGGGAGGGGAUAAGAGGGGGCCGUCUCAACGACUGACUGCGCUCAUGGCAGCGGUGGGAGGCCCACGGUGUGCCUUCUGUCAUGAGAGCGGGCACGACGUAGCCGCCUGUCCGAGGUUCCGGUCGACGCGCAUCAGGGGUAGACGCAACAUCGUUGCCCAGCGGCGAUGGUGCUUUUUUUGUUUUGGGCCGCACACGGCGAGCGUCUGUCCACAGCCACAAUUGUGCCCUAAUUGCGACGGUCGGCACCAUGCCCUCCUGUGUCUGGAGUCUGCCGCCACUCCGAGGUCAUCCGGACGCAGUCAUCCAGCCUCGCCGACCGGUGAGCGCACCGGUCGUAGCCCUCGCCAAUUCGGCGGCGUGGACCCUCGGAAAGAGGCUUCGCAGGGAGGCGCCGGGUUAGGUACUGCGGGCGGGUGCCAGCGGAUGCCCAUUAGCUACGCCGGGGUGGCCACGUUGUCCCCCCGUGCGGGGCCGUGUUCGCCUGCUGGAUCGAGUAGCCCUGCUCACUCGUCUCCCCCUCCCUCAGAAGUACGGUUUUCUCCUCCGCUGAGGGAGCGGCCGACGCUGGAGCGACUCCCUCCAGUGUUUGGACCGUUUGGCCAUCGUACGCGGAGGUAUAUGAGGCGGGACGGGAAACGAGGGCCUUAUGUGGGAGCGUGGGAUCCGCUGGCACGCUACGACCUUCCGUCGCGCGCCGACCGGGAUAGCGGGGACCCGGGCCCCCGCUAGGAAAUUGCCGCUCACUGCAGUGUUGCCCCAGCCCCAGAAGCUGUUUUACUUCCUACCGCUUCUGUUCGGGUGUUGGAUUCGGAUGGCAACACUGUGUUUGCUCGAGCUCUGUUGGAUUCCGGCGCACAGGGCAGUAUUAUGUCGAGCAACCUUGCAGUACGGUUGGGCAAUCCUAUUUACAAGUCUUCUUAUUCUAUUCGUGGAGUGGGCAAUGUUAGAAUUUCGGACGUGAUCGGUCACACUUCAUUUAUUUUCUCAUCGAAUCCCAACCCUCGCUUACAGUUUAGAGUCUCAGCUUUGGUGAUGCCUCAGGUGAUAAGUCGUCACCCUCCGGUGAAGGUAAACAGUUACAUACGGUCAUUGACUUCAGACUUACGGCUAGCGGACCCCAAGUUUGACACACCGGGGCCAGUAGACGUACUACUUGGGGCGGAUGUACUAGGGAAGCUGCUCCUGACUGGGAAGCGCGUUCUUCAUGCGGAGGGUUUGGUUGCAAUGGACACAAAAUUAGGGCAUGUAUUGUUGGGUCCUGCGUUCCGGCCAGUCGCUGCGAGGAAAUCGGACAAUUUUCUGGUCGGGUCUACGCUUUCGGAAGUAGUCCAACGGUUUUGGGAACUAGAAGAACCUCCUACAGCUUAUCGAGUUAACCCGGAUGAGGAGGAAUGUGAGCUGUUUUACCAGAAUAAUACGGGUCGUCUCUAUUCGGGCCGGUUCUUGUUAAGACUUCCUUUUCGGGCGAAUCGCCCACUGCUAGGCAGUUCGAGGAAGGCAGCAGAGACCAGACUUUUGUCAAUGGAGAGACGCAUGAGGCGCGACGCGGUGUUCCGGCAGAAAUAUGUAGAGUUUAUGCGGGAGUAUGAAUCUUUAGGUCACAUGUCGGUUUCCAAGGUAGAUUGGAGUGCUACGGAGCACUGUUUCCUGCCUCAUCAUGCGGUUUUGAAAACUCCUAACGGUAAAAUUAGGGUCGUGUUUGACGGUUCGGUCACGACCUCCUCCGGCGUCUCGUUAAAUCAGUGUCUCCAUUCGGGUCCAAAGCUGAACCGGGACAUUUCAGACAUACUGACGAGCUUCCGCAGGCACCAGAUCGUUUUCGUGGCAGACAUCCGUAUGAUGUUCAGGCAAACGGUGAUUCAUCCGGAGGAUAGGCGGUAUCAACUCAUUCUCUGGCGUGAAAGCUCAGAUGAGCCCAUAAAAAUUUAUGAACUGAACACGAACACUUACGGGUUGCGGUCGAGUCCAUAUUUAGCGGUUCGUUCUUUGCGGGAGUUGGCAGUGAGGGAACGGUUGCACUACCCUCGUGCUGCGGACAUUUUGGAACGGGACCUAUAUGUCGAUGACGUAUGUACGGGCGCCGACAGUGUCGAAGAGGCCUUAUCACGCAAGGAUGAACUGAUCCGCCUUUUGAGCAGGGGCGGGUACGAGUUGAGAAAAUGGCUGUCUAACUGUCCUGAGUUGUUGACUGGUUUGCCAACGGAGUUUCAACAGGACCCCCAUCUUUUCGAGAAUGUCGAUAACCCUAACAUGCUGUCGGUCCUAGGGAUUCAAUAUCGUCCGAUUCAAGACGAAUUUACCUAUCGGGUGGAGUUGGAAAAUCCAAAGGUAUGGUCUAAGCGAACGGUGCUUUCCACAAUUGCUCGAACCUUCGAUCCAAACGGUUGGAUCGCUCCUGUCACUUUUCUCUUAAAGUGCUUCAUGCAGCGACUGUGGUCUGCUAACCUGUCAUGGGACGAGGGGAUUGCUGGUGACCUAUUGAAGGAUUGGUUGAACUUUUUCUCGUCUCUCCCUGAUAUUAACCACGUGUCAAUACCUCGGAAGCUGGUUCCUGCGGGCAAAUACAAGGCGUCUCUCCACGGGUUUUCGGAUGCCUCGGAACGCGGAUUCGCAGCUGCGGUAUACUUGCGAACGGUUUCUUCAACUGGAAGGGUUGAUAUACGGUUGGUGUUAGCUAAGAGUAAGGUCGCUCCGCUUCGGACACGCAUGACGAUUCCGAAGCUCGAGUUGUCUGGUGCCGCUCUGUUGACUAGGUUGUUAAACCAUACAGCUACUAGUUUACGGUCGGUUAUUGAUUUAGAAAACACUGUCUAUGCUUGGACAGACAGCCAGAUAGUGUUGUGCUGGUUGAAGGCUUCGGUUCAUACACUUGAAGUUUUCGUGGCCAACCGUGUCUCCCAGAUUCAAGGUUCUGAAGUCCCUCUAACAUGGAGACACGUGCCUGGUGAGCUCAAUCCGGCGGACUGCGCUUCUCGGGGAUGCUUAGCAUCGGAAAUAGUUGAUCAUCAGUUAUGGUGGGGUCCCCAGUGGCUCACCAUGAAGGCUUCUCAGUGGCCUCCCUCUCGCAUAGGAGUUCCUCCAGGUCUCGUGGCUGCACCUGCGCAGUUCGAGGAUCGAGGAGUGAUUCAGGGGUUGGAUUUGGAUCUGCUCAUCAACCGUUAUAGCUCCUUGGACAAGCUGGUUAAGGUUACCGCCUGGAUUUUGAGGUUUAUUCGGAAUUGUCGUUUGUCGGUGUCUCAACGCAAUAUGACACCUGUUGUGUGUCCCAUCGAGCGGAAGAAGGCGCUGCUGAAAUUAAUUGAAGUUGUGCAAGCCACCAGCUUUCAUUCAGAAUUGAAGGCGCUAAGGACUGAGCGCCCUAAGCUUCGUGGAGCUAUCGCUCGUCUUAGCCCUUUGUAG